AUGGACAUGGAUCAGAAGCCAUUUGUCGAUUAUGGCAGCUAUUGCUACCCUACUGCUCAGGAUUUCUCGGCUCGAUCCCAAGUUUCACCAUAUUUCUAUAAUUUCUCUACCAGUACCGCUUCAACGAUGUAUUCACAACAGCCUGCUCAUUUCAUGUAUCCACAAGCAGCUGCCAGUUCACCGGAAGAUCAAAUGACGACGAAAAUUAUCGAAGGCGGUGAGGUGAAGAUUAAUGGCAAGGGCAAGAAGGUCCGAAAACCACGCACUAUCUACUCUAGUCAGCAAUUACAAACGCUUCAAAAGCGAUUCACCAAAACGCAAUAUUUGGCCCUACCGGAUCGAGCUUCCCUGGCUGCUGAGCUCGGCCUCACUCAAACCCAGGUGAGCUACAGCUCUUUCAUCAGUUAUCUUUCCUUAGCUAUCUAUGCGAUUUCGACAUUUAUCGAUUCUUACAAAUUGCCUGCCAUUCCUGACGGUCUCAGUGUGGUUACUGUAGUAACUUGA